AUGCUCCCGCUCCUCGUCGCGGCCCUGGCCUCGGUGGCCACGGCCUCCCAAUGUGGUCUCAAAAAGUUUGAGAACCUGGUGGCUUUCGGCGACAGUUACACCGACGAAGGCCGGCUCUCGUACUUCAUCAACAAUAACGGCACGGCUCCCCCGGCCGGCACUCUGCUACCACCGAGCAACUCGACCGCGAGCGGUGGCUACGCCUGGGGCCGGAUCGCCGCCAAUUCGACGGGAGCAAACUACUACGGCUACGCCGUCAGCGGCGCCACCUGCUCCAACAAGAUCAUAUCGCGUGACUUUGCAGCCAUUAAGCAGCCGUUCCCCUCCGUACUCGACUACGAGAUACCGGCGUACAAGGCCGACACGGCCUUCGAGACGCUCUACCCGAACAGAAAGGCGGACAACACGGUCUACGCGCUCUGGAUUGGCACAAACGACCUGGGCUACGGCGCGUUCCUCACCGACACCAACGCCGCGGGCACGACCAUCUCCAGCUACGUGGACUGCAUCUGGGAGGUCUUCGACAACGUCUACGAGACGGGUGGGCGUCACUUUGUCCUUUUGAACAUUGCGCCGCUGGAGCAGUCGCCGCUAUACGCCGCGACGGGACCGGGGAAGAGCGGGUUCGGGGACAGCCAGUUCUGGACCAAUAAGACGGCGUACAACACGACGGAGACGGAGUUCAAGAUGCUUGAGUACAGCACGAACGUUAACACCAUGUUUGACUAUGGCGCACCGUUCCACCUGCUCGUCAAGAAGCGCUGGCCUGGGGCGAGCUUUUCCAUCUUUGAUGUGCACUCUUUGCUGCGGGACGUCCACGCCGACCCUUCGAGUUACCUGUCGUCGCCUGCGAACGUGACGGCGCCGUACCGUACCUGUGAUGCGGUGACGAGGGCCUGCGUCGACUCGUCGGAGGCCAAGUCUAGCUUUCUAUGGUAUGACGAGUUACAUCCUUCGGAACGUGCAGCGCAGAACUUUAUUGACGUUGUGUACGGCAACUCGACGUACGGCACAACAUAUACGUCGUGA